AUGUUGUUGCUCGAAUCUUUGUUUACUUUAUAUUAUUUUGAUCAAUCAAUUACACAUUUAGUUUAAGUCAUUGAACGAACACACCACAUGUUAUUUAUUAAAUGUUAAUUAUUUUUUAAUUUAUAUUUUUAGUAAAUUUAGAAUAUAUUCAAUAUAUUUAAUCACUUUUAAUACUAAUAUCAGAAAAUAGUUAUUUUUAAUUAAGCUAAAAGUAAGAUAAAUGCAUCUUUGGGUACUUCCCUUCAUGCAGCCUAAAAAUCAUUUAUUUCAGAUUAUAUUGAAUAAAAUAUAGAACUUGACAUUAUUAUGUCUUAAAAAGAAAAACUUAUAUUUGAUCUUAUUGAAAAAAAAUUGGAUUUCUAUUAAAAGAUUGUAUAAACAACAAUGAUUAAUGAUUAAAUUAGUGUUUUGCAUAAUAAAGUAUAUAAUCUGUGCUAAAAUUUAUAUGAGUUAGAAAAAUAGUUAGCAUUGGCAUAUAAACAUAAACCUUGUUUUAAAUUACAUAGAAUUGUGUGCUUUUUUUAUGGUGAAGUUUUAUGUGAUUACAAAAAGGCAAUCAAUUUUUUUAGAAAUUCAGACUUUUUUGAAGCAUAAAAAUUACAAUUUUAGUAAAUAAAAAAUUUUAACAUAAAUUCUUAAAAUGUUCAUUAUUUGAUUUUAGAAGUUAAAGAUGAUAUGGAAACUCUGAAAAUAUAACAAUUUUCUAAUAAGUUUUUUAAUACUUUUGGAGGAAAAUCAAUAACAGAAGAACAUUAGUUCAAUGAUUUGUUACCAAAAUAUUUAGUAUAACAUCAUAGUAACUUAGUGAAAAAGUUUUUUGAAACUGGUGAAGCUAAAUAUUAUUAAAUGUUUGAUAUAAAUUACAUAAAGAAUAAGAAUGAACUUUUAACUCCAAUAAAUUUAUGUUUUAUAAUUACUAACAAAUUUAUAAACUAAAAUAUCACAUUUGCUUCAUUUUUAUAAGAAGCAUCUUAAGAUUAAGUUUAUAUAUUAGUUGAUGGGGUUAGUUUAAGAUGUACAUUUACAUAGAAUUUACUAACUUUAAUUGGUUGGUUUGAAAGUGAUAUUGAGGCUUUAUGUAAAUAAGAAAAAUUUGAAGAUUUAUAAAUAACAAGAAUAUAUCCAAACUUUGUUAGAUUUAUAAGAUCAAAUAAGAUAAAAUAUUCCAAACUUAAUCAAAGUAUUCUCAUUUUACCAAAACCUUAAAAUAACAUACAAACUAAAAAUUCAAUUCUUCCUGGAGAGACUUAACUCUUUCUUAAUUAUGUUCAUACUGAAUGUGAUUUGGUUAUAACAAAAAAUAAAAUUGCAAAUUACGAAUAUUUUAUAAUAAAUGUUGUUAAAAUAGCUGAACAU